AUGAAUUCAUUCUUGACCCAUAACACUGGCCUGCCAUACCAUCAACCGUCUCAAAUGCACCAGAUGAUGAUGCCCGAGCCGAAGUACUCACCGCCGGACGAUUACAAUGUAAAUUAUAUGAACUCGCCUGUAGACUUUUUUGGUGGUUCGCAUCACCAUCACCAUCAUCAUCAUCAACAACAACAACAGCAACAGCAAACGGUUGCGGCAGCAGUGGCUCAACACGGCCAUCCACAUCAGACCACUUAUCAAGGCCAUUAUCAACAACAAAUGCAAGCUAUGUACCCGAGUCCUGGUCAAACUCCUUCCUAUUAUACAGGGCCAACGCCUAACUACGGAGCUUAUCAGAUGCAUCAUAAUGGGCACAUUCCUCUGGAAGCCCAACAACCCCCGGCAGCUCUUAUGCACAACUCCGUGCAACAGUGCAGUCAAGGAGGCAGCGUACCAGGAAACAAUGGUAGUGGUGUCGUGAUGGUACAUGAUAUCAAAGACGACUCGUCGCCAUCACCUCUUGCCUGUCACCUGCAACCAAGCCCAUCGUCGUCUAAUCACAUGUCUAACAACCCCCUGGAUGGAUCUUGCUCUGAUGAUAUGGACGACAAUUCUGACACGGAUGAAAUGAUGAUGACUACCGCGAAUGGCUCGCCGAUAAUGAUGGACGACAGCGAAUCUUCAGACAGGGUUAUCUAUCCUUGGAUGAAGAAGAAUCAUGUAGCUGGAAUACCAAAUGGCACCUAUCAACCGGUGGACGUUAAGAGACAGAGAACAGCGUACACCAGAUACCAGGUGUUGGAACUGGAAAAGGAAUUCCACUUCAACAAGUACCUGACCAGGCGGCGGAGGAUAGAGAUCGCACACUCGCUGGUGCUGUCCGAACGACAGAUCAAGAUUUGGUUCCAAAACAGGCGUAUGAAGUACAAGAAGGACAACCACUUGCCCAACACGAAGAACGUGCGCCGGAAAAACGGCAGCACGCAGCCGGCUGGAAAAAAGUCACGGGCCAAAAACAAUAACAACAACAACAGCAACAACAACAACAACAGCAACAACAACAACAUCAACCAAAGUGUGCCGCAGUGUUCGCCCCCGUUGACGAAAAUCGACAUGCACGACAUGUCGCCCCAACAACAACCUGAACUGAGAUUGUCGGCCGACACGAUGAUGUCGGUACAACAGCAGACGCAGUCUCCGGUGACGUCACACAAUAACCCCGUGUCAAUGCAACACGGCCAAUCGCAUCUACAACAACAGCACCAAAUGCAACAACUCAUGUUGAAUCACCAACAACAGCCAUCGGCCGCCACCGCCAUGAGCAACCCGCAUCUAACGCAGCACUUGCCACAACAAGGUCUGACGAUCGGUGCCGGUGAAUACGAUCUGACGCAACUGUAACAGCACGUUCAAAUCCAAUAAACAAUUUUUUCAAGGUGUAAGUUACUUUCUAAACGAACAGAAAAGCCUUAGGGCGUUGUUUAUGAUUUGUGGAUCUCAAUAUUAAUCGUGUGCAGAAAAAAUCGAUUUGGACGUGAAAACUAAAUCGAUAAAAUUUAUGUAUAAACCACACAAACGAAUAAUACAUGGCCCAAGUGUAUAUAGUCCUAAAUUGAUUUAAAAAAAUUCUACAAAAAAAGAACUUUAGUCACACAAACGAUUCGAUCGGACGACAUUAGGACCCGACGAAAAAAACACAAUUCGUUUGUGGUUGCAGUCGGUUAGCGUUUCCGUGUAUUGAAAGUCGAAUGAUUAAAUUUUAAAAUGUUAUUUAAUGUUAUCCUUUAAUUUUAUAAAUAUUUUUUUCAAGUAAUUUUUGUUUUUGUUGAAUUUAAAACUUUAUUUAUAAAUCACGUUUUUAGGUAGAAAAAAUACUUUAUAGAAACACGUGCUAUUUUAAUAGAAAAAAGUCGACGACAGCUCCAUUUUUUUUUUUUUAGAAAUCAAAUUAACAUUUGUUUUCAUCUUAAAUAAUCGAUGUAAAUAUCAUUUUGAAUAUAAUUUCACGAAAAACGCAAGCUCAUUAAUGUAUUGUUCCAUUUAUAUAUAUAUUUAUACUUGUACGAUGUAUAGAUGUUUAUUAAGUACACAUUAAGUAUCUUUAUGUGAAACAUUUUACUUUCGCGACUUCUUGAAGGUUAAUGGAAUACAAAUUUUCUUGUUUGUUUGUCUUUUUUUACUGGAAAAUAAUACUAUUUAAAUUUUAUCGUAUUUGUCCAUCCUUUAAGAGUUGCUAUUUAUAUACUUUCAAAGUUUGUUGUUUCUUUUUUUUUCAAAUUACUUUUUCAUAAUGUUGAGUCUGAAAAUGUCAGUAGUA